UGUCCAAGCUUUCCGCUCUUCUCUGCUUUCCGCCAGUCUUGAGUUCCAGGAACCGAGAGACAUCGGCGACUUUACGGACAUGGAAUUUGAAGCAAAUUACGAGAUUUCUGCCACCGCCGAUUUCAUUCACAGUCGGAAGUUCACUAGAGUCGCUUUGCAGUUCCCGGAUAAUUUACUGAAGGAUGCAACAAGGGUAGUCCAAGCUCUAAAGUCUAAGCUUUUGUCUCUCAGAGAUUCCAGGGGAGAAAAAAAUGGGGAUAACAAAGAUGUUGGAUUGUAUGUGAUGGCAGACACAACUUUUGGUAGUUGUUGCGUUGAUGAGAUUGGAGCAUCUCAUAUUAAUGCUGAUUGUGUCAUACAUUAUGGACAUACAUGUCUUAGCCCGACUUCAACACUUCCUGCGUUCUUUGUUUUUGGAAAGGCUUCCGUCAAUGUACCCAAUUGUGUAAAGAAUCUAUCAAAGAAUCCUUCAACAAAUGGAAAACCUAUUUUGGUCCUUUAUGGGCUGGAAUAUGCACAUGCAAUACCUCACAUUAGAGAAGCACUGAAAGAAGCAUCGUGCUCUGAUGUGUCUGGACCAUUAGAAAUUAAUUAUGCUAAUGUUAUGUCUACAGUUAUAUAUCCAGCGGAAAAUCAUAAAAGUGUCAAUGAACUGGCUGGUGGCUGUACUGCUGAUGAUAUUUCUAGUGCGGUAGCUGGUACUAGGUAUGCCAUUGGAGGCUUGAUCUGGAAUAUUCCAGAUGGACAUAAAAUGGAGGACUACAUGCUUUUCUGGAUUGGUUCUGACAAUUCAGCUUUUGCAAAUGUUGUAUUGACAUUUAACAGUUCUGAAAUAGUCAGAUAUGAUGCAGCAGAGGAACGCCUGGUGACAGAUGUAUCUCGCCAGUUAAAGAUUCUUAAGCGUAGAUAUUACCUGGUGGAGAAAGCAAAGGAUGCUAACAUUGUUGGAAUUUUGGUCGGAACUCUUGGUGUUGCUGGUUAUCUUCAUAUGAUUCAUCAGAUGAAAGAGUUGAUAACAAAAGCAGGGAAAAAGACCUAUACUUUUGCUAUGGGAAGACCAAACCCUGCAAAACUUGCAAACUUUCCUGAGUGUGAUGUUUUCAUUACUGUUGCCUGCGCUCAAACUGCUCUUUUGGAUAGCAAAGAGUUCUUCGCUCCAGUUAUAACUCCAUUUGAAGCUAUGCUGGCUUUCAGCAGAGGAGGUCAAUGGACAGGAGCCUAUACAAUGGAAUUUCGAGAUUUGAUUAGUUCUUCACCAGUUGAGGCAAGGGAUCAGGCAGAAGAAGCUAGGUUUUCCUUUAUCAGAGGUGGAUAUGUGGAAGAUAUCGACCAUCAAGAAAACGUCAACGAUGAGCAAGACAAGGAAGGAGCUCUUGCUCUAGUGACCGCAACAGAGAAGGCUCUGCUAUUGCAAGAUGGAAAUCUUAACACUCUCAUCAAGGGAACAGCCAAAUCUGGAGCUGAGUUUUUCAUAGGUCGAUCUUAUCAUGGCCUUGAAAUAAAUGGUGAUGGUUCUUCGCCACAACCAUAUAUAGUCGGUAGAAGUGGCAAGGCAUCGGGGUAUGAGGAUGAGAAAAAGUAAGCAGGAAAGUUGGUGAUUUCACUGGUUAAAGUUACGGAUAGAUAAAAGCAACAGAGAGUUUCGCCAGCAUUUAACACUUAUUACAGCAGCAAUCCUAUGAUGCUGUUGGUUAAAUUUCAAGUCUUCUCUGGCAGACUUGUGCUCAAUGAUCGGCAAAUUGCAUUUAAAGCUAAACUGUCUCGUUCAAAGGCCUUGAAGUAAGUUUUCCUUCCUGUUUGAUGAUCUCUGGUAUUCAUUAAUGCAAGAGCAUCUGUGUUGGUCAAGUUUUUUAUACUGUGAGAGUAAUGUACAUUGAAGUAAGGUAUGUGGUGUAUAUACCUUACCAGAUGAACUUGGUUUGAGUCCGAAACAGAAUUGUGGUCUGGUAGUAUGGUGCAUAUUACUUGCAAUUGCUUGAGUCUUGGGUUCAGCAAUUAAAUUUUGCAAAACCUUGAUUGGAUUGACCUGA